AUGGAGGUGGAUCCUGCCAAUGUAAGGGCGAUCGAAUUCAAUGCUUUGCUGGAAGCGGAGAAGGUUGCUGAAGCUACAAAACAAGCUAUCAAACGUAAGAUUGCACAGGCUGCUUCUGUUGACUUUCAAUCUCGGAGUUUACCAGCAAAGCUUAAAAUAGCUUCUGAUGACCCUGAGGAUGUCAAGCCACAUUUAUUUGAGUUUUUGGAUGGAGAUAUUGUUAGUUGGAUUGAAAAGAACUUGCGGCAACCCCGGUAUUACCCUCUUGUGGAAGACGACUGGGAUCUUUAUUUCGGCUCAAUGAUGUGGUGUAUUUGGACCAGACGAAAUAGGAUCAUUUUUAUAUGGAGUUUGUGGAGAAUGGGAGUAUAUUGCAGUGAUUCGCUCGACUCAUUAAUGAAGUAUGUGUGGCGUUGGCAAGAAGACAGCAAUGGCGGUUUGAUUGGUUGCAGAAGGAGAGUUGAAGUGCUAAGUGUCAGGCUCCGACUGUUGGUUGGAUGCAGCUUGAUACGGAUGGUUCGCGGAAUACUACAACGGGUCUCACGACUUGUGGAGGAGUCUUGUGCAAUCAUUUGGGGGAUGGCUUAUCGGCUUUUCAAAGUGUAUAGCUAUUGCUCGGUGUUUGAUAAAGAGCUAUGGGGAAUUUACAUGGGUUUGUGUGUGGCUUGGGAUAGGAACUACCGAAGGAUUAUUGUUGAGAGUGAUAACAAGGAGGUAAUUACUUUGCUCCAUAGUAAGAUUGAGGUAGGGAGGUUUUCCCCAGUGUUAUUGCAUAUCCGAGCACUAAUUAGCAGGGAAUGGCAACUGAGUUAUCAGUUUGUUCCAAGGGAAGGUAAUAAAGUUGCGCAUGGUUCAACUAAACUGGCUUGGUCUUCAUUGGCGGCCCUUGCGUUACAUGAAGAAGUGCCCGACGAACUCUGGCUUGAAAUCGAGGAAGAUUCUCGUGGAAUAGUCUAA